AUGGCGAAAUCCAAGUCAGCUACGGCUUCGAAAACGCACAUCGCGGCUCCGGUCACUUCGGCCCCGUUGUCUUGGGAAUGGUUGCAACCCGUUGAUCAAGAUCCCAACAACACAUCCACCGGCAACUCGUGGACAGAAAAGAAACGAAAAAGUCCCAGCUUUGGGUUCACCAACUCAAUCAAACAAAAUAUGCGAGAAAUGUUCUUGCCAGUAGGAUAUCCGGAAUCAGUGCACGGUUGUUAUAAAAAGUUCCACAUGUGGUUAGGUCUUGAAACUUAUGUGGGAUCAGCGAUCGGUGUCUUGUGCUCUCAAGCCAUGCUGGCAUCUCUUGGAUUGGGAACCGUGGAAGCGACAGGCGGUGCCGUCGCCAUUCAAUGGGUUCUCAAGGACGGUAUAGGCGAGUUUGGUAAACUGUUCUUCAUCAAACGGUUUGCCAGUUCGUUUGAUUCGCAUCCCAAGACAUGGAAGUUUGUAAGUACUACAAUAAUGGCCUUUGGAUUCAUGGAAAACGAAAAGCUAAUCUGUUGUUCUCGUAUGCCUUAG